UGGCGCUGGCGGAAGUAAAAGGUGUUUCGUCACGAACUGUCACCGGGGAGGGAAGUCAACUUUUCAAGUGACAUAAUUUUAUCACCUCCAUUAAUCCAAGAUUAUUUUUCAAUCUUAUUUUCAUGGAAAAUCCUUAACAUAAAAUGAACAAAACGAUGAUAAAUUUGUUUUCAAGCUUCAAAUAUGAAUUGUAAAAAACUUGUUUCAUCAUCAGAUAAUUUUCUCUGAUUUUCCCGUGCUGGACGCACCCCCUCCGUGAAAUUUAACCUUGUUUUUCACAUAACACUGUUGUCAACAGAGGCCACGAAGAUGAUAAUGUCGCCUUGUAAAGCUAUUAUUUUGUUUUCUAGUUUGUAUUUUUGUUUUUCUCAUUUAAAGAUAAAAGAGCAUCCAGGAGUUUUCAUCUUUCAUUUUACGUUGUUAUUUGCCGAAUCCAUGCCGUGGGUAUGCUUUGAAAAGAUGUAUACAGAUGCGAGAAAUAUAAUACCGUUCAGGCCUGGUGGAGACAGUGGUAUUGAAUGUGGUUUCUUAGUGCCACUUGUUAUACUCAGUCAACUUAGCUUUGGAAAAUGGCAUCCAUUUAUAUUGCAUGGUCAAUGGCAAAUAUAUUACAAUGCAGUUGUAAUGAUGUCACUAUGUACUGUGUUAUUGUUAGUAUUGUUCAAAGGAACCCGUAACCUCACAACUUUAUCACUUGUUCCCUUAUUUGCAUAGCUAUUCUUAAAACUGCUCAAUUGCAAUGGAAAGGAGCAACAAUGGAGAUGUACCUGGCCACCAGUCUACUUGUCUUUUUCACAAUAUCAUUUCUUAUUCUUGCAUUGCUUCCUCAGUCCUUUACUCUUGGCGAACUUAUGAUUGUGUCACAAGUUCUUUCCAUUUUGUGUAUUGAUUUUGCAAUCAGCAUUUAUUCCCGGCUUCGUUUUGUCUUUCCUUCCAUUGUAAAUGGCACAACUAAAGUUGACCAACUACCUUUUACGAGAACGGAAAUUACUUUUAUACUUCAAAGCUUUAUUGUGGGAAUGUUGUUGACUGGAUUGCUCCUUCUUCCUGUCUUCUAUUAUCUCCAUAUUGUUUGUGAAACAUUGGAUUUGUGGAUUGGAUAUUUCUGCUUCUAUAUCAUAUGUUUUUUAUCAUUUAUUGCAAUAUUUCUUCCAUCACUCUAUCUAAAUCUUGGUGGCAUCAAUCCUUUCAUAUGGUUCAUCGAGUUUAUUUCUUUAAAUCAUAACAGGGUUUUUCUCCUGUUUUAUUGGACCAUUAUUGCCUUGUUCUCAUUGUUUGUUGUCUCAUGGAGAUAUUCUUACCCUAGCCUUACUCCUUCCAAUAUCAUUGUAAGAAAGAUCUUUCAUGUCCUAGCUGUAGCCAUUUUUGUCCCUGGAAUCAUCUAUGAUCCUGCAUUACUUCACCUUUGUUCUACUUUGGCAAUAUCGCUUUUUAUUUUUGUGGAGUAUAUUCGUAUUGGUCAUAUUAAGCCAUUUGGAGAACUAUUUCACGAUCAUCUCUGUUGUUUGACAGAUGAUAAAGAUUCCGGCCCUCUCAUACUAACACAUGUUUAUCUUCUUGUUGGAUGUGCUUUACCAUUAUGGAUGUUUCCAAUGAACUAUCACCAUCUUUAUCAACAUGGUUGUAAUGUGUUACUUUAUGCUGGUGUUCUGUCAAUUGGAGUGGGAGAUGCUACUGCAUCCGUAAUUGGAGUGAAAUUUGGAAAGACAAAAUGGAAAGGGUUGUCUAAAACUGUUGAAGGAACCUUAGCAUCUUGUCUAUCACAGUUUUUUCUCCUGGUUCUCUUGAAACCAUAUGGCAUAAAGCUACACUCACUGGCACUAACGGUAAUACUAUCAUCCUUACUGGAAGCAUUUACCACCCAAAUUGACAAUCUUAUCCUGCCCAUAUAUACUUAUUCUUUAUUGGCCUUUGCUUGUGUCACGUGACAAAGUGAGGACUAUGAUCUUUAGUAGCUGGUCAAAACGCUAUUGCAGUCUUCAAUAUAUUGUGGUAUUCCGUGAACUUUUGUACCAACUUUGUGAUGUUGAUGGCUCAAUUUUCAGUGAAGUCGUAUGAAAAUAUGACAAGUUACAUAAACAAAUUACCCUUUAUAUUAUUUAUAAUGUAUACGGUCAUACAGUACUGCUUAGAAAUAACUUGACAAAACCUUUAUAUUAUUUAUAAUGUAUACGGUCAUACAGUACUGCUUAGAAAUAACUCGACAAAAAACGCGUUCCAAUUGUGUUCAGAACGCGUUCAGGUCGCAGUUCAAAGAAGGGAAGUUUUAAGUCAUAAAAAAUUGCAAUCAUCCUAAUUAUAAUAUGUAUAAUGUA